ACAUCAACGUAAUGGUUUCGUUGGGUUCCUCCAAUUAGUACACCACUCUUACAUAAUAGAUCCAUUGAAAUUGCCUCAGUUCUUUUGACACCCAACCACCAACUCCUUUGUUUUUCUUGGUUUAACAGCUAUGGAGAUUAUGCUUCGGGAUUGGCCAUUAUUGCCCUAAUCUUCAAAUAGAAACUAAUUGUGAAAGGGCUUGACGGAGUACAAAAACGCGGUGAUCAAGAUGGCACAACCGUCAGUAAUACUCGCAACAGCUAGUUAUGAUCACACAAUUAAGUUUUGGGAGGCAAAAAGCGGGCGCUGCUACCGUACUAUUCAAUACCCAGAUUCUCAAGUUAAUCGGCUAGAGAUAACUCCAAAUAAACACUACUUGGCGGCAGCGGGUAAUCCACAUAUUCGAUUGUUUGAUGUUAACUCAAGCACUCCUCAGCCUGUGCUGAGCUAUGAUCAGCAUACAAAUAAUGUUAUGGCAGUGGGGUUUCAAUGUGAUGGAAACUGGAUGUAUUCAGGUUCUGAGGAUGGUACAGUAAAGAUUUGGGAUUUAAGGGCUGCAGGUUGUCAAAUGGAAUAUGAAAGUCGUGCUGCUGUUAAUACUGUUGUCUUACACCCAAAUCAGACGGAACUGAUAUCUGGAGACCAGAAUGGAAAUAUUCGUGUGUGGGAUUUGACAGCAAAUUCAUGUAGUUGUGAAUUGGUGCCAGAGGUGGAUACAGCUGUAAGGUCUUUAACAGUUAUGUGGGACGGGAGCAUGGUGGUUGCUGCUAAUAAUCAUGGAACAUGUUAUGUUUGGCGCUUGAUGCGAGGGACCCAGACUAUGACCAACUUUGAGCCACUUCAUAAGCUGCAAGCACAUAGUGGAUACAUUCUCAAAUGUCUCCUUUCUCCUGAGUUUUGUGAACCCCAUCGAUAUCUGGCCACUGCAUCCUCCGAUUGCACUGUCAAGAUUUGGAAUGUUGACGGUUUCACGUUAGAGAAAACCUUGAUAGGGCAUCAACGAUGGGUAUGGGACUGUGUUUUCUCAGUAGAUGGUGCCUAUCUCAUAACAGCGUCUUCUGACGCAACUGCAAGACUUUGGUCCAUGUCAAAUGGUGAAGACAUAAGGGUGUAUCAAGGGCACCACAAAGCAACCGUUUGUUGUGCGCUCCAUGAUGGAGCUGAACCCUCUACAUGUUGAACAUCAUAUAAUGUUUCGGUUUUUGGGUGAGUAUGAGUUGGUGAUAACAAAUUACACCCAUUAUGUCCAUAACUUGUAGUAAAAGAUCUUUGCUGCAAGUGAUUUUUGGGGGUUCUUUUUGUUCAUUUCCUUUUCCUGUUCCACCUCCAAGAGCUAAACUUUGAUGUUCAACUUCUCCAAUGUGGUUAUAGACUUUACUGGAGAUGAAUAUAUGUUGUUUUUUUAUUCUGCCUCUAUUGAAUAAUUGUGUUGUGUACUGCCAGCUUAACAGUUGGAUUUUAAAUAAUGAACUUUUAUAUUGCAAAAAA